AAGCUAGGGACUUCUGUUAAUACAUGUCUGAUUAUUUUACUCCACUGUCGAAAUCUUUACCCAACAAAAAUUGACUAUUUUGGUGAGUACUACAAUUUUCUCAUUUUGUAUAAUCCAUGAGUCAGUUCAUUUGACCUGUUAAUUGGUUUAUUUAAUUUCUUGGUCCUUUUUUUCUUUGACAACUUUACUAGAAUAAAAUAGAUUAUACCAAAAAAAGCGAUCAAUCAUCAAGAACAGAGCAUACCAACUUUUCCUGCAAAUUUCUUCAUCUUCUCCAUCUUCCCUCUUCCAUUCCGUCGCUGCUUUUCAGACAUGAAUUCCAAUUACGGCAAAUCAAAUCCCCAAAAAUCAUCACCUUCCGUUUCUCUCAAUAAUUUCAAUUUCGAUCUUGAUCUCGGUAUCGGAUCCAAUCGAUCCAAAUCCCUAAAAGAUCAGAAAAACCCCAAUCCUUCCUAUUCCAAUUCAUAUUCAUCGGCGCAACCCAAAAAAACCGCAUGGACCCACCAACCCACUCAAACUCCAGCCGGAUUACCCGGUGCACCACCGUCCAUGGUUGGAGACAUCUUCGGUAAGAGCUGGGGAUCUACUCAACCUUCCGGUCCUAGCAUUGGAAUCGUUAAUAAAAACCCUAAUCUAUUUGGGGAUUUGGUAACCUCUGCUUUGGGUCAAGGUUCUUCUUCUUCUUCGAAUGUUCCUCUGAAAAAUGCUACUCCAGCACCUAAUAAAUCCUCUUUUUCAAUGUCAAAUGUGGCGAAUUCUUUGCCUAAAAAUUCUAAUACGCCACAAAGUGGUUCUACUUGGGGAUCAUCAUCUUCUGGGAGCUUUAAUUUGAAUGCUAAUCAAAAACCCAAUCUUGGUGGUCCUUCGAUCCGAAGUGGCGUUGGUGUUGCUGCAUCUGGUAGUGGAAUCGGAAUCAGUUCUAGUAACAAAGAUCCUUUUAGUUCGUUGGGUAGUUUUGGAUCUAAGCCCUCUUCUAGUCUUAAUUCAGCUGCUAAACCUCAGAAGGUUGAUUCAGAAGAUGACGGGUUUGGUGAUUUUCAGAAUGCUUCAAAACCGAGCUCGAAUGUGUUUCCAUCAAGUGGUAGUAGUGUUGGAAUUGAUGUUGAUUUUACUGGAUCUUCGGCUUUUUCGAAUAGGAGUCCUCCGGUUCAAGCUUCUUCCGGUGGCGGUGAUCCGAUGGAUAUGUUUUUCACAUCUUCAACUGCUUCUUCUGGAGUUGGUGGUGGUGCUGCUGCUUCUGCUGCUGCAUCUUCGGAAAUUGAUGAUUGGGGUACUGAGUUUGGAGGUGGAAACCAUGAUGUGGGUGGAACAACUACCGAACUUGACGGGCUUCCACCUCCGCCUGCUGGGAUAUCAGGUUCUACUGCUAAAGGCAAAGGGAUGGAUAAUUACAAACAGGGACAAUUUGCUGAUGCUAUUAAAUGGCUUUCAUGGGCUCUCAUCCUUUUGGAGAAAGCUGGAGAUGAUGCUGGCACGGUGGAGGUUUUGUCAUGCAGAGCUUCUUGUUACAAAGAAGUUGGAGAGUAUAAAAAAGCAGUGGCUGAUUGUACACAGGUUAUUGGGAACAACCAAAAAAAUGUAGCUGUCCUCGUUCAGCGAGCUCUCUUGUAUGAAAGUAUGGAAAAGUACAAACUUGGUGCUGAAGACCUGAGAACCGUGCUGAAGAUUGAUCCUACCAAUCGGGUUGCUAGAAGUACUGUUCACCGGUUGGCUAAGAUGGCUGAAUAAAAGGGGAAAAAUCUAUCAUUUUUUCUUUUCCUUAUAACGAUAUAUACCGGGUGCCUUCUGAUUGCUGUCACCCUUCAUGUGACUUUUGAUGUAUGGCUUUUUCACAAUAUGCAUUGUCUUGAAAUUAAUAUUCUUGCUUCCUUCACCUAGAUUUUAACUCAAUACUGAUUGCCAUAUUCUUUUCCUGACUA